AUGGGAUCCUUAAAUACAGAGAAGAAAUGGGCAUUUCCUAUAGUGAUAACUUCACUUGUAUGUAUCCUUCUUCUUGCAACCACUUUCAGUAUGGAGCUUGUCUAUUCCCUACACACAAUCACUUCAAUCAUCACAAUUCUUCCUUCUGCUGUUGUGCCAAAUCAAACAAUCCCUGAUAUUGUUGAGGCCAAGAUUGAUCAAGCUCCAAUCCCUUCUCCCGAGCCUUCUGUUCCUCGUUUCGCUUAUCUUAUUUCGGGUUCAAAAGGUGAUUUAGAAAAGCUUUGGCGAACUCUGCAAGCGCUGUAUCAUCCUUGGAAUUAUUAUGUUGUUCAUUUGGAUCUAGAAUCGCCAGCAGAGGAGAGAUUGGAGCUGUCUUGCAGGGUGGAGAAGAAUCCCAUUUUUGCAAAGGUUGGGAAUGUGUACAUGAUUACAAAGGCUAAUAUCGUUACUUAUAGAGGACCUACCAUGGUUUCUAAUACUCUUCAUGCUUGUGCUAUUCUUCUCAAGAAAACUAAGGAGUGGGAUUGGUUUAUUAACCUCAGUGCUUCAGAUUAUCCUCUGGUGACUCAAGAUGAUCUUCUUUCCACGUUUCGUGAUUUAAACCGAGAGAUAAAUUUUAUUGGGCACACAAGCCGUUUAGCUUGGAAAGAGAAUAAAAGGGCAAUGCCGUUGAUGAUAGAUCCUGGGCUUUUCCAAACAACAAAAUCAGAUUUAUUUUGGGUUACACCACAGAGAACUCUACCUACAGCCUUUAAAUUGUUUUCUGGUUCAGCAUGGAUGGUUAUCUCGCGUUCCUUUGCAGAAUACACCAUAUGGGGAUGGGAUAAUCUUCCUAGAACCCUGCUCAUGUACUAUACGAAUUUUGUCUCCUCUCCUGAAGGCUACUUUCAGACUGUCAUAUGCAAUGCUCCAGAAUUUGUUCACACUGUUGUCAACCAUGACAUGCACUACAUUGCUUGGGACGUCCCUCCUAAACAGCAUCCUCGGACACUCUCUGUCAAUGACACGAGCAGAAUGAUCAGAAGUGGUGCUCCCUUUGCGCGUAAAUUCAAGCAAAAUGAUCCUGCCCUGGGAAAAAUAGACAAGAUAUUACUUGGGCGAAAAAAGGGGAAUUUCACACCUGGUGGUUGGUGCUCUGGAGAGCCUCAUUGUUCCAAGGUUGGUGAUCCCACCAAACUUGAACCGGGUCCAGGAGCUGAAAGGCUUCGCCUCCUUAUUGAUAGAAUACUUUCACCAGCUAACCUUCGUAAACGCCAAUGUAAAUAG